AUGGCAGAAGUUCUAUACGGCGACUACAAUGGCUACCUCCGGCCGCUGAGCCUGAUGUACUUCUCGCUGGACAGUCGCUGCCUGGUGGCCGACCAUCCACGCAGCGUCCAGGAGGAAGUGGAAUCCCACUUCUGCCCACACUGCACCUCGUUCUUCAGAACGCCCGAUGCGAUGUCAGCGGAAAACAGUGGACCAGCGAGGACUCGGGCCUCGUCGCACCGGACCCAGCGGGCCUUGGCGCCGCCGCGGCCGCUCGAGAGAAGAAGGGUGGCGGUAGCAACAGGAGCAGCACGGCGAUGGUCGUCGGCGCUCUGCUCGAGGCGGCCCAGCAAAGGGAAGCGGAGGCCGCCCAGCGAGCGGGGUCGGCGGCGGGUGGAGGGGGCGGGGGCGGGGGCCGGGGCCGGGGCCGGGAUCGGGGUCGGGGUGCCAGGCUUCGCGCCGGGAGCACGAACAGCGGUGGCGGCCGCGGCCGCGAAGUGGAUUCGUCGCUGUUCUCUGCGGCGGCGAGUACGACCGGGCCCUGGAAGGCAUGUGUCCGACCUUGACGAAGCUGUCGCGCGGAGGGCCCAAGUCGUGGUGGCGGCGUCUCGCUCCGUCGCCCUUCCCCGGCCACCCGCCGCCACCGCCGCCGCCGCCGCCGUCUCACCUCCGUGGGCCCUACGGGAGGACACCACCGGCCCAGACCCGGCCCUGUGGACCCUCUCCAGCGGGCACGAGACCGCCGGGUUGGCGGAGAGGGUGGAAGGGCCGUGGUCGUCGCCGCCACGGCAGUCGCCGCCUGCUCGCGGAGCACGAGAAGAGGGCGGCGCCGGCGGCUCGGAACCGGCGGUAGGCGGGGGGGCGCGGGGCGGCGGCGGUGGCGUUCCCAGGCGCGUGCGAUUGAGGGCGCGGGUGGGCAAGCGGUGCAGGAAGGACCUGGCGGCGGGUAGGACGGGGAUCUUGAUCAAGGCCACGUUUAACCCUCUGGACGGGGACUCCAGCACCGCAAAGGAGGGCGUCAAGAAAACCUGGUUCAAGAAGGAUUGCUCGGCCGCGCUGUCGGUACCAAGGAUCACGGUGGCGUCUCUGCCCUCCUCCCUGGCGUUGCUGGGCCCGACGGCGGCGGCGGCGGCGGCGGCGGCGGCAAGCAAAACAGCGGCGCCGCGGCAACAGGGUGGACGAGAAGAAGACGACCGCGGUGGUAAAGGAAGCGAAGAGGUCGGGGGGCACCAACCGCAGCAGCAGCAGCAGCCUUCGCUAGUCCUGCGGCUCGCGAACCCUCAGAUCACCCUGCUUCGGCUCCGCGUGGCGACGGAGAACGGUCCCUCGUCGGCCGAGAGCGACCCGGCCGGAAACACCGCAGCCGCCGCCACCGCCGCCGCAGCUGCGGUCGGUGUCGCUGAGACGUCGCCGCCGGGGGCGGAGCAGAGCGCUGGCGGAGGGGGAGACGGGGGUAGAAAAGAAGGCCGUGUCGCUGCCUCUGCUUCGUCGGGGUCACGGGCGACCGGCGUGACCGCUGCUGCCGCCACCGCUCUUGCUGCUGGUGGCGGGAACCCCGGGUUCGUGACCGUGCGGCCGGCGGGCUGGGGGGAGGGUGACUGGGUGCACCUGGAAGGGAGGGAGGACGAGAUCAUCCGCCAGCCGGGCGACAGAUAUCGCUUGCCCCGAGGCCUCCUGUCGCGUGCUGACGACGGCGGCGGCGGGGACACGGGAAGCCCCCCGGGAGCCGAACGGAGUGGUCGCGCUGGCGCCACGCCCUUCUUGCUGCACCAGCAGGGGGAUGUGGCGUGGGUAAGGGUCCCGUUCGACAAGGCGUGCGCCGAUAGAGUAGCGGCGGCGGUUAAGGCGGCGGCGGCGUUGCCGGUGUUGGACGUCCGGUUUUCCCUUGUCAUGGGAGAAGGGGAGGGAGGGAGUGGUGACGACAUUUCGAUGCCGAUAGCGGUGCGAUUCCCCUUGUCCAGCUGUCCUUCGUAAACGUUCAACCAGUCGCCGUGUAGGACGUGCGUUCCCGCCGUCCCCUGCUGGUAGGCGGGACGGGGGAGGUUCUUUAACGUUGCAUCUCCUGCCAGUAGCAUGGUUGAUUGAUUGCUCGACCCGACAACUGUUGAAGAGGGUUUGGAUAUCGACCAUCGCUUCAGCGGUGGAUCCUGCGUUACAUUCUGGCACCUGUAUGUACUUCGAAGUUGUUGUGGCCUAAGCACGGGA